GAGAUGCAGAGCUUAAAGGACAUUCUGACUACAGCAAAUGUUCAGAAUAUGGAAGAGCAGCCUUCAACGUCCACAUCAUGGUGCUUGCGACAGUCUGCUGCUCAAGAUGAGUGGCGGAAAGCACGGUCCCAUCACCUGAACUGUUUGCUGUCCUGCAAUGAGGUCCCAAAAAGGAAGUGCUGUCAUUGCACCUCCCCUGCUAUAAUUCGCUGCAGAGACUGCAUGCCAGAGGAGUGGCUGUGUAUGGAAUGUGAUAUACACAUUCAUUUUAAACUCACACUCCAUAACAGGGAGUCUUGCAUUGAUGGGAUUUACAAGCCCAUUGAGCCAACAGUGUACUGCGUAGAAAAGGAUGGCGCAUACUGUCUGGUCAAUCAAGUGCGACUGUUGCCUACAGUGAGACCUUCCCAGCUCUGCACCUGUGACCCUGAAAACAUUACAGAGUCAGCUGGCAGAGCAGUUAUCUUGGUUUCCAUAAAUGGUCGGUAUGAUUUGCACAUGCCAAAGUUGUUGUGCAGAUUGUGCCUGGCACAGUGGACACCUGACAGAAGCGACCUUAUAAAGAGUGGCUACUGGCCAGCAACUGUAAAUGCUGAGACGUUGUUUUCAGUUGAUGUCUUCAGCACAUUUGAAGAAAUGAAAACUGUUGCACCCAGUUUGUCCAGGCAAGCUUUUCUGCGGAUGUUAGAGAGGAGAACUUCUCACUUUGGAAGGGCUGGGAAAAUACAUGGAGACAUAUUCCAGAGAAGCUUCAUGGAGUAUACAUUCUGCCAGUUCCAGUGUGACAAAAUGGCCUGUGUUAAACAGUUCACCUGUCCUGCAUGUACACCGAACAUGCUGGCUCUCUGUGCAGAUGGCAACCGAAAACAAUACAGAUUUCGACAGUCAAAGGGGUCAGAGGAGCCAUAUUUUGAUGGCACUUUCAUUGCCAAGGAUUGUGACGUACAUCAUUUUGUUGAGGACGUCCAGAGCAAAAUGAAAAGUACUGCUGGCAGAGGAAUCUGUGGAGCCAGUAAGUGGUCUGCUGCACGAGAGACUGCCCGAAAAGCAAGCAAGCUGGAUGAAGAGGGCCUUGAAGUGGUUGUUUGCAGACAUGGAGUGCUGCUCAAGGCUCUCAACAUGUACAGGGGGGAAAUAUUUGCCUAUCCCCUUUUCCUUCAGAAGGAGCUCCAGGCAGCCACAAAUGGGCAGUUCUACUGCACAGACAUUGCAUGUAAAUACUGGCCCUACCUGGAGAAGUUGGCAGUGUCCAUGGUGGACCUCAGACCUUUGCUACAGAUGAGGCCAUUCCUCUCUGUGAUGCAUGCUAAGGCCCAUUCCACCAAGUGUGAGAUCACAUGGAGUGGCAGGAAUCAGGAGGGUGCUGGAACAACUGCAGGGGAGGAGGUGGAAAUGGUGAACAGCUUCCUUUCUCGAUGUGCUCUCACGACUAAGUACAUGACAAAAUCUGCCCGGAAUGACAUGCUAACGAUCCACGCCAUUGGUUGGAACCAACGGAAGCAGGAUGGCCUUCAUCUUGCUUUAUCCAGCAGAUAUGUCAAGACUUUCCAAAAGGCUCAAGAAGAGUCUCAGAGGCUGGAAGAUUUGAGCAGAGAGCUUGGGUGUCCUGAGAACAUGGUGCAGCAGUGGGUACACGAUGUCAAACAAUGGGCUGCUGAUGAUUCUCUAGGUACCCAACGCGAUGACCAGCAGAAUCUUCAGCAGUCCAUUGAACAAAUGUUUCUUAGUGUCCAUCAGAAAAAAGCCAGCCUUUAUACUCAAACUGAUAGCAACAAAAUUCGACACUUGCGUAGAAGGAAAUUGAGGGAAGAGAAGAAGAAACUCCUGGAGACAAUCAAGCUCUAUAAUGAGCAGGUGUCUAAUGAGGAGCAGAUCGAUGUGGUGAAGGUGGAGAGCAGACUCUCUGUGGUUGGAGGAGACACUGGGGCAGAUCUGAUAUGGCCAUGGGAAGUGCACAGCAGUGAAUCCAGCAAUAUCCUCACCAAGAAGAAGAUUUUUGAUGCAUACAUGUCAAAGAUGAGGCUUCAGGAAGAAAGGGUCAUUGUGGUGAGGGAGAUGAGACAGCACUGCACCUACCUCAGAGGACUGGCUGAGAACAUCAGGACAAAGAUGUCAGAAAUGUCCACUGUCAGGACCAGUGGAAGUUUAAGCGAAGUGGGACAUCGAGGGCUACAGUGUCUUCUUCAGAAAAGGCUUGCAGAUGUGGAUGAGAAGUUCCAACUUGUAUGUGCAAGUUACAGCCAGGCCCUGGGACCAAAUGCUGCAUCUUUGCUGGAGGACUGGCCCCAAGAAAUACCGGAGUGCCAGACAGAACUGGAUGAGAGUUCAGAAGACAGUGAUUUUGAGGCAUUGUAAAUCUGUGCUUCUUGACGGGUGGGUUUUAUGGCAAUUCUGAUUGGACUGCAAAAAAUUAAGUUUUAAUUGAUCAAUCUAUAAAAUAAUAGAUUGAUUUAUCGAGUUGGAAAACAGUUGUUAGUUGCAUUCCUGUAGUAUUUUCUGUAUUAUCUAUUUGUUGUAUCCUUUUAUAAUGCACUCUGUUGUAGUGGAGUAUUUUUUAAAGUGUGUUAUCAAUGCUUUUCUUUAUAUAAAGGAAUUUUAUACUCACUACGCCACUGGAUGUAAUAUAUUUCAUACUGUGUGCUCCAGUAUGAUGUCAUUCAUGGUGAUAGUGUGACUAAUCUUUGGAGUGAGCUUAUGUACAUGUCACUACAUAAAAUACUUUCCAAAACAUACAUAUGAUCAAUAACAAUAGUUGAGUCUUGAGUGUAGUGUUUGCAGUCAUUACUUUACCAACUAAAGGAAGUAGUUUGUCAUAGCAUUACAUGAGGCAUGCAUAAAAAUGUGUUGCAGUGCUUGUAAACUUGCUCAUGCUAAAGUGUUGUUAAUGUCUAUGAAAAUAAAAUGUGUGAAAAU